CUUCUUCCACAUUACCUACUUACCCAAAAAAUCACAUACCUCUUCAUCAGCUCCCUCAAUAAAAAGCUCCUUCCUUUACAUUUUACCAUCAACCCAUAAACAAAAAAAACAAAAACCCCUUCCACGAAGGCAUAAGGAAAAAAAAAUCAAAAACCCAAUCUCUUAGAUGACAAUCCUUGUCUUAACAAUUUAGAUCGGCACGAAGAACAAUUUUUUUUUUUUUUUAACUUUUUGAACAACACUCUGUUACAAUGGCAGCCAAUCUAGAACUGAGUCUUUUAUGUACAGAGAUCACCAACGUUGGUGAUGAAGACGACGGCAUAAUUCUUGACGAAACUCCGAUCGUUUUCCCUGAAAUCUCGAUUUCUCAGACGAGUUUUCCAUCGGAGAGCGAUGAGUUCAUCAGAGAGAUGAUGGAGAAGGAGAAGCAGCUUUUGCCAAGUGAUGAUUACAUCAGCAGACUCAGAAGUGGAUACUUGGAUUUGGAUGUCAGAAGAAGAGAAGCUCUUAAUUGGAUUUUGAAGGCUUGUGAGGAACACCAGUUUGGACCAAUGUGUAUUUGCUUAUCUAUGAACUACUUGGAUCGGUUCUUAUCGGUUCAUGAUUUCCCUAGUGGCAACACUUGGGCAGUGCAGUUGUUGGCUGUGGCUUGUUUAUCCUUGGCAGCCAAAGUUGAAGAAACUGAAGUCCCAAUGCUAAUAGAUCUUCAGGCUGGACAUCCUCAGUUUGUGUUUGAGGCUAAAUCAAUCCAAAGGAUGGAGCUUUUGGUGUUGAACAGAUUGGAAUGGAGAUUGAGAGCGAUAACUCCCUUCUCAUACAUAAGAUAUUUCUUGAGGAAGAUGAGUAAAUGUGAUCAAGAACCACCCAACACAUUGAUAUCCAGAUCAUUACAAGUGAUAGCCAGCAAAACCAAAGGUAUUGACUUUUUGGAGUUUAGACCUUCUGAAGUUGCUGCUGCAGUUGCACUUUCUGUUUCUGGAGAACUGUACACAGUACACUUUGACAACUCUUCCUUCUCUCCUCUUUUCUCACUACUUCAAAAGGAGAGAGUGAAGAAGAUUGGGGAAAUGAUAGAGAGUGAUGAGCCAGGCUUAUGUUCACAAACACCCAAUGGGGUUCUAGAAGUAUCAGCUUGUUGUUUCGGCUCUAAGACUCAUGAUUCUUCUUCUCCCCAUACACAUCUUUCCUAAAUCUCCCUGUUUUUUUUUCUUAAAAUAAAUUAUCAUUAUUAUUAUGUUUGAGGAGAGGUUGAGAA